AUUUAGAAGCUUUGGGGGGGAUUUUUUGUGUGUGCGCUUCGGGUUUGCUUCGGCUUCUCCUCAUAGGAGUAUCGACUGACAUCACCAUGCCCCGGCUCAUUCGCCGCCAACCGCUGGCAGAGCGCAUUAAGUCCUACUUGAAUCCGUUAGACUUUUUGCUGUGGCUCUCAGAAGAGAUUGAUGCAAAUGACUGGGAUCAGUUCGAGAAAAACUGGGCGCUUCCGCUGGGUGUGACGUUGAAUCUUGUGUUUUUGGUUGCGCGGGCAAAGAGUCAGUCAAGUGGCAGCCAGGCUAUUGAUGAUGUGUUUGGUGAGGAUGGGGGCAGUUCUUGGCUGAGCUGGUUUGCCUCGUUUGUGGUUCAUUUUCUUGUCUGUGUCGUCGCGCUGAACACUUUCUACACCUUCUGUCGAAAACGACACUAUCGCUUGUUUGAAGCUUCUAUUGAUCAGGCGCCUGUGACCCCUUCUGCCCACCGUGUGCGAGUCGAUUCAACACCGGUGGCUGCGUCACCACUCCGAUACCUUGCAAAUGCCCUCUCCUGGUCUGCGGAGUCGAGAGCACACCAGGAUGCGGAACGUGAUGUUUGGGAGCUUGCGGUUUGGGACCCUCUACCGAUUUGCCUCCGACUAUUUUGCCUUUUCGGUCCCGGUCAUAUUCUGGUCUAUUGGCUUUUCCUACCCACUCAGCUAUCCGACCCUCGACCGAGCGUUACCAUUGUGACUGCCAUCUUUUUGACCACCCUGCUCUCGAUACAGAUGUCGUUCCUGUCAUCUUCCUUCAAGCAACAGGCAAAGGAUUCCGCGCUUGUUCACAGGGAAGUCUUGAAGGAGUAUGACACAAAAUACGUGCACCCUCGCACUCAACCCUUGAUGAGAAACGUUGGCACUCAGUUCUCCGGCCCUAGUUCGACCUUCGAGCAGAAAUAUAACAAUGUUGAGACCUAUACGCCCACAGUUGUCAUCAACCGAGGGUUUAAGACUAGCCCUAACCCAAAAUAUAUCAGCCACGUCGAUCCGGACGCGUCCGCCUCUCGACGCCAGUCCUUUAGCGCCACGCCUAUUAGCUCUUCCCAUUAUAAGGGUUCGGUACAAACGCCUAACCACCUGCGAGACGCCUCUCCUGUUAUUAAAGCUCCCCUAUCUUCCAUUCGCCAGCCCCAGUUUCGACAGACUCCCGCCGCCACAGGUGAUGGUGGUAGCCUCGGCAUUUAUUCGCAUGCCAACUCACCCUUGAGAAAAUCUACUUCAGCAAACUUUGAACGUCGCCUGCAUAACAACGGGGACUUUUUUUACAGAGAACGAACUUCGCGACCCUCUAGUCCGCUGAAAAAGAGCAAUAAUGUAUCCGCGGCAGCGAGCCCCAUGACGUCAGAAACAAGGAGAAGUCUCAUUGACCGGCGACGUGAAACUGGGCAUUUCUGAUUGACCCAAGCGGUCAAUGAUGCUACGACUGCCUCUUCCAUGUAAAGUAUGAUAUACAUAAUAACUCUCGGCAUCGUCACACAUUUCCCUUUUCCGGAUUCUGAACCAAGGGCCCAUCGUGUGAUUAUUAUCAGGUUAGCAUUGGGUAUGGCGUUGGUGCUUCUGCUUGUUUACCUGUAUUUAUUAUCUUUCAUGUGAUGUUAAGCCUUAGUCGAUGCUGGAAUGUAGGCUGACACCAGGUCCAUCCAGCCUCUGUACUAUCUUUUCAGGGUGGUAUUAUUGCCAGCCUGGAUGAAGUUUUGUUUUUUUUAAAAAAAAAUACGCACAUUGGCUCUCAUACGACAAUGCCGCAGCCAUAUCAUCUACUCCAUCCGCAUAAAUAUCUUGUUAUUGCUCAUCGGAAAAUGAAUUGGCAUGUGCCUUGCUCCUUCCAUUAAAAUGCAAUCGGUUUUCU